AUGACUACCAUCACAGAUAUUCCUUACCUUUUCACAGCGGCCGAUGGUCAAGCUAUGAAAGAUAAAAAAGUGGUAGAAAGUCUUUUUCCUAUGAACAGUUCGUAUAAUUUUGAUAAAUUGAAAUUAACUGAUGAUGGAGCGUGUUUAGCCGUAAUAAUAACUGCCAAAGACGGAGGAGACAUUAUGAGAGAAGAGAUUUUUGAAGACAUUUUGAUUCUCGACGAAUUGAUACGUAAUUUUACAGCUCAUCAUCAAUCAUACCCAUUUAAAUUUCAGGAAGUAUGUGCCAAAAAUAAUGGAGAUUGUAUAAUUAACGAAGGUUUAGAACUAGCAGCAAAAGUAACAGAUUUCAGAAGAGGAAAAUAUUCCUUUAAGUAUCCUUUGGAUAUUGAUCCAUUAAUUUUGACAUUCAAUAUGUAUUCCUUUAACCUCGGGGGCGUAAUAGUUGACGAUAAACAUUACGUAAAAGAAGUCAAAACGUUUCGCCUUCUAUACUUCUUAGACGAUACUGAUAAAUAUAAAGAAGAAUUGUCAAAUAUUUGGGAAGAUUCUGUUAUUCAAUAUAUAGACGAAUCUGAAUUUCAACAUAUCAACGUUUAUAGAUUUGGUUCCUCAAGUUAUGGUGAAGAAAUAAAUCAGUUCACAAGAAAAGUGAUGCCCCUUGGAGGUGUCUCAGCGUUUGUCAUUUUAUUGUUUUCGAUCGUCACUUUAAUGACUACGGAUGUUAUCAAGAGUAAGCCAUGGUUGGGAUUAGCGGGUUGCUUUUCAUCUUGCUUAUCUGUUAUUACAGCAUUCGGUUUGGUUAUGGCAUGUGGAAUUGAAUAUUCUGAUUUGAACGUGGCUCUACCAUUCUUGAUUUUGGGCAUGGGAAUAGAUGAUUCUUACGUUCUCAUAGCUGCAUGGAGACGUAGUAAAAUCACAAAUACAGUCGAAGAAAGAAUGGGAGAGACAUUUGCAGAAGCAGCAGUCUCGAUCAGUAUUACUUCUCUGACCAAUUUUCUUUCAUUUUGCAUUGGGAUAAUAACACCCUUUCCAGUGGUCCAUUUGUUUUGUAUUUAUGCAGCUACUGCUGUUUUAUUUACUUAUGUUUAUCAAAUUACAUUUUUUGGGGGUUGUAUGGCUCUUAGCGGGCUCAGAGAGGAAAGAGAAUUGCAUCCUUUCACUUGCAGAAGAGUAGUCAAAGCGAAGAGAAAAACUACUAUAUCACGAUAUGUCGUAAACGACGCAAGAAUGGCAGAUCAUUUUCUAAUGCGGUUUUUCGCCAAUACUUUGGGUCAUUAUCUCUCAAGAGGCCCUGUAAAAAUAGCUGUCAUUAUGAUGUGCAUAGGAAAUUUAAUGGUGGCGUUAUGGGGGCUGACAACUAUCGAAGAAGGACUCGAUGCUAAAGACUCUUUUACCAAGAACUCUCAAGGAAGAAAAUUCCUUGAUUUACAUUACCAAUAUUAUACCGAAUAUCCUUACAGAUUGCAUGUAGUUAUUAAUGAAACUCUAGAUUACUCAAACAGCACCGUUCAAGAAAGUAUCGAAAACCUUCUACAUGAUCUUGAAGCUACCACUUACAUAGCAGAUGCAUGGCUUUCUCAAUCAUGGUUGAGAAAUUUUACGUAUUUCAUCAAGACUCCAGGAGUAGCAAGCUACUCUUUAGCAGGUUUCAAUUUAGAAGAAAAAGAGGAUUUUAUAUAUGCCCUAAAACAUAUAUUUUUUAGAUUUCCACAAACGAAAUUAUUUAGAAGUGAUAUAAUCUUAAACGAUGAAGAAACAGAUAUACUCGCAAGUCGUUUUAUACUGUUAUGUGAAAAUGUCAAAACAAAAAACGCUGAAAAAACUCUUUUGACAGAGGUAAGAGACGUUGUAAGCAAAAGCUCUAUACCCGUUACAGUUCACAGUGCAUGGUUUCCCGUUUACGAACAAAUUAUAGCAGUAAGAUCUAUGGCGAUCCACACAAUAUGUGUAGCAGCUGGUGUUGUAAUGGUGGCCUUUUUCUUGUUUGCUCCAAACUUGAAAUGCGCCUUUUGCGUGACCAUCAUCGUGGCUCUAGUCGAAAUUGAAACUAUUGGCUACAUGGCACUGUGGGACGUACAUUUAGAUCUUCUAUCAGUAAUCUGUUUGGUCAUGUGUGUAGGAUUCUCUGUUAAUUAUCCCGCUCACGUUACUUACGCUUACGUGACUUCACCUGGAAGAACUGCUGACGAAAAAAUGAAAGGCGCAUUAUAUGCUAUAGGUUUACCCAUCUUUCAAGGAUCUAUAUCAACCGUUUUAGGGGUUGCAAUAUUAGCUAUCAAUUCUUCUUAUUUUAUAGUGUUAUUUUAUAAAAUUAUCACUCUCGUAGUACUUUUUACCGCAUUCCACGCUUUGUUUGUGCUACCCGUAGUCCUUACACUUUGUGUUUCGUGCAAGAAUAAGGAAAACACCAGGGAACAUUUCUUGGAAGACAAUGGAAUUUCUCCAGCACCAGAAUCGUCUAAAUUUAUUGUUAGCAAUUUAUGA